AUGCCUCAUCCGGACCUUUCUCAGAAGCUGUCUAGCCCUUCGUUGGAACAGUUUCGGGUCACAGCAGUUGAUCAACUGCAUCUUACGAUUACCAGUGUUUCGUUCCCUCAGUCCACGCCCAGGAAAGUGCACACGAACCAGGUCAAGAAGUGUUUUGAAUUUUCCGAAGGACGUGCUCUAGCAGUGGUUCAGGCUGUUGAACAGGAUGUUUUUGGCUACAGAGAUGAGUUAGUGUCGAAGCUCCAGCUUGAAUUGAUGCUGUUACGCACAUCCUAUAACGCUCGUUUCAGAUCUCGGCGGAAUUCGGUUUAG